GCCUUGUUAUGCCAAUGUCGUGCUUGGCCUGGCCGGUGAUCACCGACUCCAUGGCCGCCGCCGCCAUGUUCGCGAAGCUCUCUGACAGGUUCAGCAAGUACGUCUGCGGAGUCUCGCCUCCAAAGACGGCGGGCCACGACAGGUACAAAGCAGGGCUGCGCUCUCUCCUCCUGCUCCCCCCGCCGUCCCCGGAAACACAACAACGCGGAUCGUCGUCGUCGACGCCGGAGGACGCCGCCGCCGCCGCCGACGACGACGACGAUGUGAGUGUGACGGCGAUGAUGUCGUCUCCAGGCGAGCCGAGGACGACGGAGCUCGACCGCGAGGAGGAGAUGGCGUCCACGCUCCCGUGCCUCGCGUUCGCGUCGGAGCUCGGGUACAGGGUCUUCUCCCUCGCCAAGAUGCGCAUGCUCGACGGCGCCGGCGACUCGCGGCCGCUGCCUCCGGUGCCCGGGCGGCGGCUCGUGCCGUCCCCGCACGGCGGGACCGUGCUGGCCACGGACGUGUGCUACCGGCACCCGUGCCACCUCGUCGACCCCUUCACCGGCGCGCGCGCGCCGCUGCCGGACCUGCCCGUCCCGUUCUCGGAGAGGGAGCCGGUGGGUUACCACCCCGACGACGAGCCCCGGCCGCGCCGCGUCCGGGCCACGGACGACGGGCUCGCGUGGGACUGGUCCCCGCGCGGCGUGAUGGUGGCGCGCGGCGACACGGCUUUCUUCCGCGCGCACGGCGGCGGCGCCGCCCGCGGCGCCGAGUGGACGCCGGUACACCAGUCGGCGCGCGGCUCGCCCAUGACCGUCAACUACCGCGGCGGGCGCUUCUUCCUCCUGGAGCUGCGCACGCUGGAGACCACGGUGGUCGACGCCGGCACGCUGCGCGCCAGCGCCAGGAUCCCGGCGCCGGCGGGCCUGCGCGUCGACGGCGACGUCGACGCCGCGUACCUGGCGCCCACCUCGGCGGCCGGCGGCGCGGUCCUCCUCGUGCGCCGCGCCGGGCCGGACAGCCGCGGGAUGCUGUUCACCGAGGCGUACCGCGCGCGGGGCGGGGACGCCGGCGGGCGCCGGCGGUGGGUGCGGGCGCACGACAUCGGCGACCGUGCGGUGUUCGUCGAUGGCGCGCACGCGUUCACCGUGGCCGCCGGCCCGGCGGGGGCGCUGGCGAACCGCGUGUACGUGGUCCUCGCCAACAGGGUGGCGCGGCCGUGCGGGCGCCUGGCCGUCGCCUACGACGUCGGUUUCGCCGACCUGGCGAGGCCGGAGCGCAUGGGGCGGCUGGGGCUCGACGUCGGCGAGGUGGAGCCGAUGUGGGGCCAGCCGCACUGGAUCAUACGCAGAGAUGAUGGCUCAGAUCGUCAGCAUUAGUAGUUACGAUGGUUUUAGCUUUUUAGGGAAAUGUAGGUUUUAGUUAAGUUUCCUUGCUCGGAGCUAACAACCAUUGCUGCUAGCCUCCCACAUGCAAC